AUGGCGUUCAACUUUCGCAAGUUCAGCAUGAACCGCAACACGGGCGUGCCCCGGCCCGCCCGGCGGUUCUCCAACGCUGAGCCUACCGCAAACGAGGCCAGCAGCAAGAUCCAUCGCCAGUUCCGUGCCGCGCACGAAGGGCACCUGCCCCACGCCGGUCUCGACGCCACCAGGGCGUCGACCGGUGUGGUUUGGUGCACCGAGCGAGCUGCCGAGUUCGGCUUCCUGGACGAGCCCGACCAGUGGGCGAAUCUUGGUCAGGGUGCUCCUGAAGUUGAGGAUAGCAUCGAGGGUUGCUUCCAGCGGCCCAAGACGCUCGAUAUCUCCGUCAACAGCAGAGAGUACGGUCCGACCGCGGGCAUCAAGCCCCUGCGGGAGGCCGUUGCCAACCUCUACAACGAGAUGCACCGCCAGGGCAAGCCCAGCAAGUACACCUGGGAGAACGUCGCCAUCGUCCCCGGAGGCCGUGCCGGCCUCAUCCGCAUUGCUGCUGUGCUGAACAAUGCCUACGUCGGGUUCUUCAUUCCUGAUUAUACCGCAUACAAUGAGAUGCUUUCCCUUUUCAAGAACUUUGCCGCUAUCCCUGUCCCCCUGUCCAAGGAGGACAACUAUCACAUCAACCCGGAGAAGAUCGCCGCCGAGAUUGAGCGUGGUACCGGUGUGAUCUUGACCUCUAACCCCAGGAACCCGACAGGCCGCGUCGUUGCAGGGGCAGAGCUCGCGGAGAUCCAAGACAUCUGCAGGGAUAGAGCCACAUUUAUCAGCGACGAGUUUUACUCGGGAUACAACUACACUAGCGACUGCGAUGGAACCACCAUCAGCGCUGCGGAAAACGUCGAGGACGUUGACGAGGAUGACGUCCUCAUCAUCGACGGGCUCACGAAGCGCUUCCGUCUGCCAGGCUGGCGUGUAGCUUGGAUCAUCGGGCCCAAGGAGUUCAUCAAAGCCAUCGGCUCCUGCGGGUCCUACCUCGACGGCGGCACCAACGUGCCCUUCCAGGAGGCCGCCAUCCCCAUGCUCGAGCCGAAGCUGGUGCGCGAGGAGAUGAAGGCCCUGCAGCACCACUUCCGCGACAAGCGCGACUACGUGGUCAAGCGCCUGCGCGAGAUGGGCUUCAACAUCAAGCACACGCCCGACUCGACCUUCUACCUGUGGCUCGACCUCGAGGGCCUGCCCGAGCCCAUCGCCGACGGGCUCAACUUCUUCCAGGCCUGCCUCGAGGAGAAGGUCAUCGUCGUGCCGGGCAUCUUCUUCGACCUGAACCCGUCGCGCCGCCGCGACCUGUUCGACAGCCCCUGCCACCACUUUGUGCGCUUCUCGUACGGGCCCAAGAUGGAGACGCUCAAGCUCGGCUGCGACGGCAUCGAGCGGGUGCUCAAGAAGUUCAAGAGCCACCAACAGCUCAAGGCGGGCGAUACACCAACCGCUCUGAAAAAAACGCCACCCGUCGUCCUCAUCACCGCGUUGUACCUCUCGCCCUUCAUGCGUCGGGCAGCACCAGCACCAGCAGCAGCCGCACACCAACUCACAAGAACACUCUACGCACCGAGGCCGUCACCAAGCGCGCGUAUACUGAGCAGCAGCAGCAGCAGCAGCAGCUCCUUCUCCUCCAACGCGGGACGCAACCACUCCCGUCCCGCUCACCAGCACCAGCACCCGCAAUCUCUCCACCCCGCCCUCGCCCUCGCCCUCGGACAGCGCGCAAUGGCCACCUCCUCGCAACAACAACAACAACAGCCGGCCACCACCACCCCGCCCGGCCCGGAGAGGCAGCGAGAAGGCGACAAGGAGCAAAAGAAGCCAGCCCUGCUCCUCGAGGACAGCAGCGCCGCCGCCGCCGCCGCCGCCGAGGACACGCACAAGAUCGACCUGUCGGACGGCGGCCAGGGGUCCGUCAAGCUCGACAGCCUGGGCCCGCUCGUCGUGCACAAGGACGGCACCACCUCGCGGAUUUCCAACUGGGGCGAGAUGACGCGGAUCGAGCGCGAGAACACGCUCCGCGUCCUGGGCAAGAGGAACCAGCUCCGGCUCGGGCAGCUGAGGGGCCAAGCGGGAGGCAAUGGUAAUGCCGAUGGCGGCAACGCAUCAUAA